GUCUAAAAUAACUAAUAACUUCAUAUUGGUUUGUCUAAUAUUUAGUCCGAUUAAAAUCCAUAAAGAAAAAAAAAGAAAUAAUAUGGGAAAAAGUCCGGAACAUUAAGGGACAGCCCAAUAUUUGUUUUCAUUACAUGCAUGGAAAAACUUACCUUCAGUACGGGGUUUCAUUGACAUCUCUUCUUCUCCUUCAUUGCGAAUCUGCAGAGGAGGUGGAAGGUAGACCAACAUUGAUUACAUAAGUCACAUUUCGAGGGGCAUAAAUCGCUCUGUGAGAAAUUCUUCAAGAACAUAAAAAAAGAAAAAUAUAUUUAGGGGGAUACUUACAAUAUGGGAAAAGUUCUUUUGGAAGUCUGCGUGGAUAGUUGUGAAUCCGCAAGAGCAGCAAUAGCUGGUGGUGCUGAAAGACUUGAAUUGUGUUCGGCUCUCAGUGAAGGUGGUCUCACACCAUCUCCUGGCCUUUUGUACGUUGUGAAGCAAACAUUUCGGAGUAUUCCGGCUUUUGUGAUGUUACGACCACGUAGAGGUGAUUUUUGUUACGAAGAAGACUGGUACCAAAUUCAUCAUGAUAUUGAUUUGUUCAAGAAGGAAGGAGCUGAUGGCUUUGUCUUCGGUGCCCUAACUCCGGCUGGUGAAAUAGAUGAAGAUUUGUGUGCGCGUGUCAUAAGGCUCGCCGGGGGGCUUCCAGUUACAUUCCAUCGUGCCUUUGAUUUAACCAAAGAGGUGGAUUUCAUGAAGAAUUGCUCCAAAAUCGCCAAUUUGGGAUUCACGCGACUCCUCACAAGUGGUUUCCGGUCAUCCGCUGAGGAGGGCAUCGACGUCAUCAGGGUGAUGAAUGAGAAGUUCGGCGAGAAACUAACCAUUAUGCCCGGUGCUGGAAUUACGGAAGAGAAUAUCAGGAAGAUUGCCGAUGAGACAAAAUGCCGUGAAAUUCAUGCAUCAGCACGACGGCCAAAGAAUCAAGAACAAAUGCGAAUCUCAAUGGGUGGCAACGUAGCCGAUAAAGAGCCCCAAAUGGUCACAAGUUCCGACGUUGUGCGGCAAAUGGUACUAAAUCUACUCCAACACAAAUUUCCUCCUCAGCAUGUUAUUUGUCAUUGAUUAAAAUAAUUCUGUUAAAUGUGUCUCAUUACAAAAUUUGUUAAACUA